AUGGCCGUGGCCGCCGCCGCCCGCCGCGCUCUGUGCGCGCUGCUGCUGGGCCGGGGCCCGGCGCUGCCGCCCGCGCUGCGCCUGCCCCGGCCCCGGCCCGUCCCGGCCCCGGCCCCGGCCCCGCUCUCGGCACCGGCCUCGCUCCGCGCCGCCCUCCGCGCAUACAGCCAGGUCACGGAUGCUCCGUCCCACGAAGGUCGCCUGUCAGAGGAGAAGCCCGCCUCACCCAAGGCGGAGAGCGACACCGUCUACCUCAUCAGGGCAGAAGGAUUCCCGUUCUCGUGCACCGAGGAAGAUGUCCUUACCUUCUUUGAUAGCUGUAGAAUUCGGAACGGUGAGAACGGGAUACACUUCCUCUUAAACAGGGAUGGGAGGCGCAGGGGGGAUGCCUUGAUCGAGCUGGAGUCCAAAGCAGACGUGCAGAGAGCCCUGGAGAAGCACCUGAGGUACAUGGGCCCACGCUACGUGAAAGUGUUUGAGGUGCACGACAGCGACGUGGAGGGCUUGCUGCGCAGCCUGCGCGACGAGUCGCAGGCCAUGAGUGAGGGAGUGGUGCUGCUCCGAGGCCUCCCCUUCACCUCCACCGAGGAGGACAUUGCAGACUUCUUCUCAGGUCUAAAAAUCACAGACAUCGCUUUCAUUUACCGGGGAGACAGAAGAACAGGAGAAGCUUUUGUGCAGUUUGCCACUCCAGAAAUGGCAGCUAAGGCCCUGCUGCGGCACAGGGAAUAUAUGGGAAGCAGGUACAUAGAGGUGUACGUGAGCAGAAAGCACCAGAUGCAAAGGCACAUGCCCUACAGCAGGCAGCUGACAGCCUAUUCCAGGGCCAGAAGAGAGUAUGAGUCCAUCUCUGAAGACAGGGGCUGGAGAGACACUGCAGGCUCCCAUGCUGAAGAAGAAAUCAGUGAGUCCCUCCCUGUCAUGACAGGGAAGGAACAGAAAGCUCCAGGAACACUUCAGAGUCUGAGACUGCCUCAUCACCACCACAGCACUUUGGUCCACAUGAGGGGUUUUCCUUCCCAAGCUAGUGCCCAGGACAUAAUAAAUUUUUUUGCUCCACUGAGGCCCACGAGGAUCUUGGUGGAAUAUAACUCCCAUGGAGAUGCCACAGGAGAGGCAGAUGUGCAUUUUGAGAGCCACGAGGACGCAGUCGCAGCGAUGGCCAAGGAGGGGUCACAGAUGGAGUGCAGUGCCAUUGAAUUGUUCCUGAACAAACAUCCCAAGGGACAGGAGAACUGCUAGUGACAGCAGCACAGGUUUGGCCAGGCGAACACAUUCCGUGGAUAUGAGCGUGAAGAUCAGGUCCAUGUGUCACCAGUCAGCGAGGAGGACAAGCUAAGAUUAGAUCAGCCUUAUGUAAGAGCUUGUAAUAAAUGUGAUGGCUGUGGGGAGCUGCACCAGCUGCAGUGGGAAUGGCCAAGGCUCCAGGGUGGAGCAGUCCAGGGCUCCAGGUGCAUCAGGCUGCAUUAAUAAAACACCAGGAUUGCCAAUUAACAUCUGAGUGAUCUAAGACCUCACACAGGUGCACACUCUUGCUCUGAAUCCUCUCACACCUCAAGCCCAAGAGGAAUGGGAUGGAAAGACCACUCAGGAGGCAGGAUAUGAAUGAUCAAGUUUUUUUUUUUUGUGUGGAACAAAAUUAACAUCAGAAAACCUGUCCCCCCCAUUCCCAAGGUCCAGGUGUGAGCUCACCCUGGCAUCACACAGAAUACCUGAGCACAAAGGGAGCUGGCAGCCAGCAGAGUCCUGCUCCCACCUUCCAAAAGGCCAGGCCUAUGGCAGCCACCAGUGCUGGAGGGGCUCAGCCACCUUCCUGCUUCAUGGAGUUGAAUCCUCCAUUUCCAGUUUAAUGCUCCCUCUGCAUUGCCUGGGUCUUAUUUUCUCCUCUGGGGAUGAGUCACACUGCCUGGGUCUUAUUUUCUCCUCUGGGGAUGAGUCACACUGGGGUUGGGUGCAGGAGUUCACACUGCUGGAUGUGUACAGUAAGUACUCAAAACUAUUGACACUAAAUUCAGUGUUUUCUCCAUCCACCGCCUGUGUCUCACUCCUGAGAACUCAGGAAUUCACUUGAAUUCCAGGCUUUUGGUAUUUCAGCACUGUUUAGAACUCCUGCCAUACUUUAGGGGAUAUCAGCAAGGAAAUGGGUCAGGAAGCUGCCCUGAGGGGCAGAAGAGUAGAAGUUGGGUGGCUGAACAUCCCAAAUGCUAAAAGGAUGGAGGAGAGAUGAUUCCUGGUAGAAAGCAGUACCAACCAUGUCAGUACCUUGGCUCCAAGAGGCUUUUUAAUGUGGUUCCAGCCAAUCUAAUGACUAAGGAAUUAUUAACCACUACCCCCUAACAACAUCUGCCCAAACCCCAGUGCAUUUGUCACUGCAAUGCAUGUCUUUUCUAUGAGCUACAGGACAUUCUGUGGUCUCAGAGACUGCAGGAAGUGCCAGUAGGAACAGGAGUAAACACUCCUGUGAUACCAGAAAGCCACCACCGCUGUUUGGACUAGCAAAAUCCCUUGAGGGAACAAAGUAACAAAGAAUGAUGUGGCACAAACCACAAAACCUCUCUGAACUGUACGUGCAAUUAAAAUUUGUAACAGGUGAAAAGUGUCCCCACUUGGUUUUGAUCCAACAGAAAGUGAAAUGCCAAGUUUAUUGUAACAAUGUUUCUAUAUGCACAAGGCGGAGAGGUGGCUCCAAGUGGCCCUAAACCUCUGUGUGAUGGGGACUGGGCCCAGCCCCUAAAGCCCAGAGGGGGAACAGAACAUUCACAGCUUGGUUUGGGGUGUCCCUGUGCAGACUAAGCCCCUGGUCAAA